AUGCAAAUUUUGAAUGCUAUAAAGGCGAAUAAAUGCUUCCAUAAGACCACUGCUUUCGACUUUUUGAAAACUUUUCGGAUUGGAGUGUAUGGUUUUUUUCAAAUUUAUUCAAUAUUUUUUCUUCACAAUAAAUCGCAUGAGAAUUGUGCAGAUAUUCAGAUUAUGAAGUUGAUUAUCUUGGCUCAAAUUAUCACUCUCCUUGUCACUCAGCUAGUACUGCUUGGAAAUGCUAAAACUGAAUGCUCAAUAUCUAAUUUUGAUUUGGCUUUUCCAAAUUAUGAUUACAUUGUCUAUGGGAUUCGAAGUGAUACGAAAAUUUUCAUUGCACCAAAGAAUUUAUUAAAAAAACAUACUGACGAGAAAUUUCGCUUUGCUUUGAAAAAUGAUUAUGAACCUGCAACACAAGCAACAGAAGCUAUUUUGUAUUACGAAGCAUUCAUGGUAGAAGUUCAUGGCUUAUUACAAUUCAUAGCAUUUUGGCAAGAGCCAAUAUAUCGUGACGUUGGUGUUACGGAAGUGUUUGGAUUAUCACGUCUAACUUAUGUGGAAGCAUUUCGAUUAGGUUUUGAACCACGGGAAAAUCAGUUGUUAUCGUCAAUUCAACAUACAACACUUUUAUAUUUCAGUGAUUUGACAACUAAUCAUUUAAAAUUGAGAACAACAAAAGAUGGAAGGAUUUUUGUAUUUAAAACUGCUACAAAUCACAAUAGGCAGUAUGAAAUUAUUCUUGGAAGGACUGGUGCAAAGCUGUUUGUAGAAAAUACUAUCGUUACUAACAGUCCACCACGGAUAAGCAGGGACGUAAUAAUCUUAGGGAAUCAUAAUAAUGAAUACAAAAAAUGGUGA